GCCGGAAGUUGGCUGUCCGUAAGCGCGAAGGAGGUGCCUGUGUUGUUGCGGAAGUGGUGGGACCUUCCGGUUGGAAGACGGCGGCUCGCGAUGUUGCGGGUUGUCCGUCCCUGCAGGCUAUCCACGCGUUUCAAAUCGACACGCGCCCGACGCUACGCCGACCACGUGGAGUUCACCUUGGCGCUCGUUCAUCUGCUGCUGGCGCUCACUCCGGGGAGUAGAGCUUCCUACGAAACUCAGGGUCCCAGUUUCACAACAGAGCCAUUAUCGAGGGUGGAAUUUACGAACGUCAGCGGAGGCAAGGUCGAAUGCACCGCGAGGGGCAAUCCUGCACCGACGGUAGACUGGCUGGCAGCAGACAGCGGGAGAGUAGUCAGCAUUCCCGGGAUCAGGCACGUGCUUGAGAAUGGCACCAUUCAUUUUCCACCCUUCGAGGCAGAAGCUUUCAGACAGGACGUUCACUGGGCUAUUUACAAGUGCACAGCGGUCAACAGUGUCGGUGCGGUCGUCAGUCGAGAUGUCACCAUCAGAGCGGUGGUUAAUCAACGCUAUGACGCUGAGGUUCAAAGUCCUGGCGGUUUUUUGGGCAACAACGUCCUCAUGCGAUGCAGCGUUCCGAGUUUCGUACGCGAGCACGUCACCGUUACUUCCUGGCUACAGGAGCCGUCUUUCAACAUUUAUCCGUCAACGAUAAGCGAUGGUAAAUACCAUAUGCUGCCCACUGGUGAAUUGAUGAUAAUUAAUGUAUCGAGAAGUGACGCUCAGAUGACCUACAGAUGCAGAACUCACCAUCGACUAACCCAGGAGCCAGUUGUCAGUAGCAACGUCGGUCGGGUUCAGCUAACAGAAAUCCGAGGAUCGAUGCCACCGAUACUCAACGAAAAGCUCCUCUACUUUUCCGCCCGCCUCGAAGAUACCGUCGUCAUUCCCUGCGUGGCCUACGCAAAUCCACGUCCGGAAAACAGGUGGUACUACAGACGAAAUCAAAGAGAAGAGCCUGUGGAGGAUUCCUCGGGUCGGUUAACAGUGCGCGAUGGUUCGUUGGUCAUCCAGGCCGUCCAAGAAGCCGAUGCUGGUUCCUAUCUUUGCAUUGCGAGCAACAAUCAAGGGAGUGAAACCCUUGAGGUUCGACUGACCGUCUCGGCGCCUCUGGGAGUCCACGUUCAACCGGCAAUCCAAAUCGUUGACUUAGGAAAACCGGCCUAUUUGACGUGUAGCGCCAACGGUUUUCCCCAAACGGCUCUCUACUGGCUGAAGGAUGGUCAGCCUCUACGCACCGGCACCAGGGUAAAGGCCCUCUCCAGGGAAAGGAUAUCGGUUACAUCUGUGGCGAGGGAAGACCGCGGAAUGUAUCAAUGCUUUGUUCGCAAUGAACACGAAAUGGCGCAGGGAAUAGCUGAGCUACGACUUGGAGAAAUUUCGCCGCAGCUGGUCAACAGCUUUAUCGAGCAGACGAUGCAGCCUGGCCCAUCGGUGUCGUUGAAGUGCAGCGCAGCUGGAAACCCAACGCCGCAGAUAUCAUGGCGUCUCGACGGUUUUCCCUUGCCGCAAAACGACCGGCUUCUGAUCGGGCAAUAUGUCACUGUGUACGGUGACGUAAUCUCCCACGUAAACAUUUCAUCGGUGAAAUCGGAAGACGGGGGUGAAUACGAAUGCACGGCAAGCAGCCGCGCAGGAGAAGCCAGCAACGCGGCGAGACUCAACAUUUACGGUUUACCGUACGUCCGACCGAUGCCCGCUGUUUCAGCAGUCGCUGGAAAACAACUGCAUAUCAAAUGCCCCGUGGCGGGUUAUCCGAUUGAUUCGAUUGUCUGGGAGAAAGACGGAGUCAGGUUGCCAACAAAUAUGCGGCAACGAAUUGGUAACGGAUCUUUAUUGAUUGAAACUGUGCAAAAAAAUGCUGAUCAAGGCACCUACACUUGCACAGCAAAAAACAAGCACAACUUUACAUCGCAGAGAGCGGUGGAUGUUCGUGUUCUUGUUCCGCCGAGGAUUUCGCCGUUUUAUUUCGAGGAUGGGGUCACUGAAGGUAUGAGGACACAGCUGAUGUGCACUACUAGCCAGGGCGAUCAACCGUUCAACAUAUCUUGGCUGAUGGACAACAGGCCGAUUCAGAAUGGUCAAAUUGGGCCGUCCGCCGAGCAGGGCUCGUCGCUUGCUUCGUCCGCAUCUAGCAGCAUUCAGAUAAGCGACUAUCCACCAUUUUCAAGCAUACUGACGAUUAAUAGCGUCACUGCGAGUCACAGCGGAAACUACACCUGUCAAAUCAGAAACGCCGCGGGUAUUGCUGAACAUUUUGCAAGCCUCUUCGUCACCGUUCCUCCAAGAUGGACCGUGGAGCCUAUCGAUCAGACCGCCAUAGUCGGUCAUGGUGUCUCGGUGGCUUGUCAAGCGGAAGGGUUUCCGAUUCCUUCAGUCGCUUGGAAACAAUCUGUAGGCGAAACACCUGGUGACUAUCGAGAGCUGGGUUAUGGCGGUACGGAAGGCGCAGGAGUUGCUGGGAAUGGUUCUUUGGUUAUUCCUCGCGUAGCGAAAGAGCAUAGUGGCUUCUAUCUCUGUCAAGCAAGCAACGGGAUAGGUCCAGGACUCAGCAAACUCAUUCGUCUGACCGUUCAUGCGGGACCCACUGUGACGGUGAGGACGAGGCAGGAGUCGGUGCGCCGGGGCGAGGCGGUCACCCUGCACUGUGAAACUGAGGGCGACUCACCCCUCGAGCUCAGCUGGCGUGCUCGUGGCAGUCGGGUCGACCCUAACUACGACAUUAGAUACACUUUACACAACUCACCAGUUCCGCGAGGCAUGAUAUCGGAAUUGCGAAUAUCGGAGGCUGGUCACGCUGACCGCGGCGAAUACACGUGUGUAGCCAGCAACGCCUACGGUCACGACCGCGCAAACGUUCAUCUCCUUGUACAAGAACCACCGAACUUUCCACGAAACUUACGCGUGGUCGAGCAAGGAAGUCGCUCGAUACUCUUGGCCUGGUCACCGCCCUCCGGCGAUUCGGACCCUGUUCACCCCGACUCUCCGAUCAUCAGCUAUGUCGUUCAAUACAAAGAAGCACAAGACGUUUGGCACGCCCACAACUCUCAAAAAUUGGUCACUGGUAACAAGACAGUUGCUCUUGUGACACCGUUGAAGCCGGCAACCACGUAUCACUUUCGCGUCUACGCUGAAAAUCAUCUGGGAACGUCGGCUCCCAGCGACAUACUCCACGUACAAACUGACGUUGAAAUUCCUAGUGGACCGCCGAGACAGGUGUCUGUCGAACCCUUGGGACCCCAGCAGCUCAGGAUCUCCUGGCAACCACCAGACAGAUCAUUGUGGAAUGGAGAACUUCUUGGAUACAAUAUAGCAUACAGAAAUUUAGGUCAUGACGAAAAAUCAGUCAACACAACACCGGUUGGCAUAAUGGGAAAUGGCGAUGGUUCCUACAACUACAGGCUAACAGGAUUAGAAAAAUACACUCAGUACAGUGUGGUCGUCAUGGCUUUCAAUAGCAAAGGGGAUGGACCUGGGUCAGAUCCGAUAAUAGCACAAACUUUAGAAGACGUACCUAGCGCUCCACCUCAGAACGUGGCCUGCGUUGCUCUGACCGCCCAAAACGUCCAGGUCACAUGGAAACCGCCACCGUCCGACAAAGUACACGGUGUCGUACAAGGGUAUAAGCUUCUGUACGAAGCAGCAAAUGACGCCACAUCGUCUGAAAUUCAAGGCUCUCGUGAGACAAAAAUUACUCAUGCUCUGAGCACAGUUCUGCAUGGGCUAAAUCCUUACACAAACUACACUGUCCAAGCGUUGGCUUACACUCGUGCCGGCGAAGGUGUCAGCAGUAGUCCGGUAUCCUGCACCACGGAGGAAACUGUUCCUGAAGCACCAGAGAAAAUAAAGGCUGUAACCAGUGGGGAGGACUCAGUUGUGAUCUCUUGGCUGCCGCCACGCAGACCGAAUGGCGUACUGACGAGAUACAUUGUCUACAUCAGAACGUAUGAUCAGGGUCACGAAAAAAAGGUUACACCAAAUUCUGUCCCAGCUCAAAAUUUGCACUACGAUGCUAUGGGCUUGAAGGUUCGAGACGUAUAUGAAGCUUGGGUUACGGCAUGGACGAAAGUGGGCGAAGGUUCGAAAUCUGCUGUCAUCAAACUGCAGCCAAGUUCAACAGUUCCAGCUGCAAUCAUCUCGUUCGGUGGUAUGGUUUCGGUUCCGUGGAGAGUGGACGUUACGCUUGCAUGUCUAUUUGUUGGCGAUCCACGACCAUCAGCUGAGUGGAGGCUCGGUGAUGUGAAAUUGCAAAAACAACAAAGAUUGGAGAUUGGUCUGGACAACACUCUUCUUCUGAGGACUGUGCAGCGUGGUCACCAAGGCAAUUACUCAUGUCACGUCAGGAAUUCUCUGGGAUUGGACCAAAUUGUUUACAGUUUACAAGUCCAAGUUCCACCAACUCCACCAACGCUUCUAGCUACUGGAACGACAACCGAUGCAAUUAAACUGCAGUGGAAGCAAGGGGACAACGGCGGUUCACCAAUAAAAGGAUUCUUGCUGGCUUAUCGAAAAGAAUCAGCUGAAUGGGAGGAAGUUAUAAUAGACCGAAGAGCUAAUACCUAUUUGCUUGAAGGACUUCAAUGUGGGACCAUGUAUCAAUUCAAUUUAGCAGCCUUUAAUCGCAUUGGAAGUGGAAGUGCUAGCAAAACCGAGAGUGCAAGAACUAAGGGGUCAAAGCCUAUUGCUCCAGCCAAGCAGCAUCUCAUCAGGUCCAAUCUAACUUCAGUACUAUUAGAAUUAGCCUCCUGGCAGGAUGGUGGAUGCCCACUUCUUUACUUUGCUGUUGAAUAUAGAAAGCUUUCUGACAAGUGGCAUUUGGCAUCGAAUGACAUUCGACCGCACUCGCGGUAUACGAUAGUUGGCCUGACAAGUAGUACCAGUUACGAAUUAAGACUGACGGCGUAUAACAAUGCUGGUUCUACACAAGCAGAGUAUACGUUCGUCACCUCAAGUUACAACAGUGGAAAACGAGCCUUCGAUGAUUCCAUGAUAGACGUCGAGGAAACUCCGUUGUACUUGGACGCACAGGUCCUCGCUCCUAGUGUUGUAUCAGUACUGGCAGUGAUAUUGGCUGUUGGUGGCGUUUGCUUUUGUUUGAAGACGCACCCCAGAAGAGCCGGAGCAGCAAAUGAUCCGCCUUCUCAAACCCAAGCGGCUUUGGACAACAAACAUAAUAUGGAGCAGAGAGAACAAUACUACGCAACUGCCAGAAAACCAGGGCAUCAGUCACCCUGCCGAGAAGUUAAUCAUGGUCUUGAACGAAUCCCCGAGUAUUCUGAGGAUAUAUACCCGUACGCUACUUUUCACCUUCCUGAGCAAGAAAAUCUAUCUGCUAAUCCUAUGCGGCAGGCCUACUUCUACGAGCGCGGAGAGACGAUGCUUCAAGGAGCUCAGCGUGACAUGGAUCAGUACGCCAAGGUUCGAGGACGUUCCCCUCGCAAAUCCAAGUCUUUCAAGUCGGAAUCAGAGGAAUACGAUACUCUAGGAUCUGAUAGCGAUACGGAAGUUGGUACCAGCAGUCGAACAGAGUCUUCAAAUCAUCUGGACGACUCGGGACCAACGUCGAUGAUAGCAAGAUCGCCGGGGCCAAACUCCGGGGUCCAUCGAAGUCGUGAACAACGAUUGGCUCGGGUCCCGAGGGCGGUUCAUCAUAACGUGAUGUACCACACGCAAGAAUCGAGCACAUCAACAGAAGCGUCACCAAUUUCUGAACGAAAGACUUUUCCUAGACUGGAAAAGCAGAGGAGUCGUGGAGCAACGCCAGAUAUUUCAGUUGAUCCAGGCCGUGAUCCAAAUGGGAUUCGGACAAUAUUAAAAUUAUCAGAGGCCGGAAUGCGUCCGUAUUCGGCGAACGUAUCAUCGAGUCAUUCUGCAAACACGGUCUGUAAUCGGCUGUUGCAAGCUCCAAGUGUCUGCGGCAAUCGAGCAAAAGAGCUUAACGAGAGAAAAUCUGUCGAGUCAUUUUGUCUGCUGGAUGAACCCCGCGACUUUUGGCGGACCGUUAAAACUAUAAACCGCGAGAGAAACGAAGACUGGGGUAACGAGAUGUCAACCUUGGAGCUGAAACCACCCUCCGGCUUUAUGGAUGCCCACGAGACAAGCGAAGCUGAGUGCGACAUGGACAUGAAGCUCAAACUCCAUCACAAAAAGGGGAUCACGCUCAACGCCCUCUCCAAGUCACCAAAAGACUUUACCAUCACAGUUUAAGUCUAACGAAUAUCAAAAUAAAUGUAUCUUAUUGAUUAUUAAGGUUAAGAUAAUAAAUAUGAAUUAUAUAAAAUGACUGUUUCAACCAUUGCUGAUGA